GCCAACUGAAUUUUCAGCACCUUGCGACGCUUCAUUUUAUUGAUCCACUAAAAAACGACUCGACUGCACACUCGUGGUGUUAACCAGAACAAGGCGUGCUCGCAACAGUGUUACUAAAACCGUUCGGAUUCCGUUUGCUCGAAGACUAUCUGCUUCCGUUGCACCCGUACAUCGUCAUGUCGUCGACAAACUUUAACGUUGGUGUGGCCGCUGAAUCGAAACCAUCGAGCCGCGUACUGAAACCUCCGGGCGGUGGCCAUUCCGAUAUUUUCGGUUCCUCGGACGUACGGCAAAAUCCGCCCCGACCGAAGAACAACCAGCAGAACUCGUCCAACAUGAAUGCGGUGAUGGGCACGAUGGAUCCGAACGAAACGCUCGAUACGGCGAAGCGUACAUCGUCGUCCGCUACCACCGGUGGUGACAGCCCAUCGACACCAGCCCAAAAUGGAUCCGCCACGGCGUCAUCGAACGGAGCAUCGUCGGGCGGUGGUGCCGAAGCUUGCAAGCCCGGUUCGGCCUCGUCGGAACGGGCCCGUGUGCCACCGGGUGGUCACUCGCAAGGUUUCUGGUGAUGUGUCUGGCCCUUGCACACAUCCCCCAGCACCACCACCACCACCCUACACAUCGAAGCCGCAGUAUCGCGCAUUGCAUUGCACCUGCUCUUUGCAUCGGAACCAAAACUCACGGGAUGUUCAGUUAACACACCCGCACGCCAGGUCUCGGCUUUUCUAUGUUUACAUCGUGUGUACUCUACUCUGUAGCCUCUACCUCCCGUGAAGUGUGAGCAUGGAGUGCGUGUGUGCAACAACGACCCACCCCCAGGCCGCUCGCGGAGAGUGCUCCGUUUUGUUUGUUAGUGUCUUGUGUACCUCGAUAUUCUUGAUAGCUUUUAAAACACCUAAACACCUCACCCCUAAAAACACCCUUCGUUAGCCUUCGCCUCGUGGGAUGGCUAGCAGUACUGCCAAAAAAAGACGACACAAAACCUUUACUUAAUGCUACUAUACUAACUAUUACUUUCUAAUUGUGUAUUUUGCGUAUGGUAUUAUAACUUCCAAAAAGUGAACCGUGAGCUGGGGCCGUUAGAACCAAUGGCGCUGGGCCCCUAUCUCUCUUACACAAAUGACGGAACAAAUAAAUUAUACACUACAGCUUAAUUAAAAGCCAGCUGCA